AUCCCUCAGAUUAGCGCCUGACCCGCAGGAUUUGUUGUAGAGGCACCUGAUUCACCGGGAUUGACGAGCCGAGGCAGAGCAGGGAGAAUAAUCUAGAUUUAUAUUCAUAUUACACUGCAGCAUUUUCCACGCGAUUCCUAUUGAGUGGAUACAUUUUUACGCAUGGAGAACUCCAAGAAGCAAGACCUCAGAGAAACAGUGUCUAAGUGACCACAGCGGUGCCAUGGCAGGUUUUACGCACAGCGCAAAGCUGCCAGUCGGAGUGUUUGAUAAACUUUUUGGUGGAGUUAACAUUUCUCAGUAACCACCUGAGGUCUGAUAAUGUGUGAUAUUCAUACUGCCGGUCGAAACGUCUAAUCCCUGCCUGAUUACCGCUCACAGAUGGAUUGCUUCCUGUCGAACAGCCUGCUGACAUCAGGGCCUAGUCAUAUUAAUUUAACCGCUAUGCUCGCGUCUUGAUUACAUAAUUGAGGCCGUUUAGGGCAGCCCAGCAUCACUUUGUAAGACCCCCAUCGUCUCCCCCCCCAUUGGUGCCAACAUGAGGAGAGCUGUACUGAAGGAAGCAGCCAAACGCUUUCCCUGGCUGGCCAAUGUCACUCUGUACGGGGGCUUAUUUGCCGGCGGUGACCUUGUGCAUCAGCUCAUGGCUCAGAAGGAGCACAUGGACUGGAGACAUACUCGCAACGUGGCCAUUGUGGCAAUCAGUUUCCAUGGAAACUUUAAUUACUUCUGGCUGCGAGCUCUGGAGAGGCGCUUCCCUGGGAAGUCAGCAGGGAUGGUUUUCAGAAAACUGCUGCUGGACCAGAGCUUCGCGUCGCCUUUGGCCACCAGUGUCUUCUACACAGGGGUGAGCUUCCUGGAGGGGAAGGAGGACAUCUUUGAAGACUGGAGGGAGAAGUUCUUCAACACCUGGAAGACUGGACUCAUGUACUGGCCGUUCAUGCAGUUUCUGAACUUCGUCCUGAUGCCGCUGUACAUGCGGACGGCGUUCAUGGGCUGCUGCGCCUUCCUCUGGGCCACCUUCCUUUGCUUCUCUCGGCAGGAUGGCGAUGGCACCGCCGGCGUCGCUCUGGCCUUCGCAUUGGACCCCCGGAAGACCCUGGAGGAGAUACGCGAAGCCAGGCUGGCCCGGAAAAAGCAGAGGAAGCAGAGGGAAAACUGAAAAGAGGAGGAGGUGGAGGACAGCACUUCUGUUUUUCAGGCCUUUCAGCAUCUGUUGCAGUAAAGCUUGGUGUCCACUUUAUAGCUGAACCAGCACCUUUUAACUUGAAUUCAUGGAGAGAUUAAGGGCUGAGGAGGAGAUCAACAUCUGUCACAGAUGCACAAAACAAUUGACUUUAAUGGAACCCAAAAGCUGCGGUAGAACAACAACACUGAAGUCAAAGUUUCUUGUGUUUAAAACAAGACAGUUCACAGACACAAAGGCUAAAGGCUUCUUCAUAGCCCAGGUGUUGGAUGAAAUUACUCAAUUCUCUUUCAGACGCUGCACAGGACAAAAAGAUUACAAAGUCAUUUUAAUAACAAGGGUUCAUCCUAAGAGGAAAUGUGGCAUCUUCACUACAGAUUUCAACCAUAAAAUAUUUUGAAUAUUCUGAUUUAUGGAGACCAGCAACUCUGAUCGAUUAACCCUUCAGCAAGGGUCAAAUGGUUUAAGUGGGAUUGAUAAAUAGGAUGUAAGGUGUACGUGCACAAGACCGGCAAAUUGGCUGCAGUGAGGUAAGAAUGAUCUUACCUCUGAACUACAAAAGGGGUUGGUUGAAAUCAUUUAAAUCUAAUGGACGUCUUCCUGUAAAGGCUCUCUCUGUUCUGCUGGUGAUGCUGGUUUCGACGUGUAGUGAAGCUCCUGAGAUCAGAUUUAAGGGCUCAAUAUUUCUGAUUUCUACCAGCUGUGCCUUCGCUCUGAGACAAGAUUGUCCUGAAGAAGCAUCUGAUCGACAAGACAGCUCCUAAAGAUAGUCACCAAAACAAGUUGUGUGUAUGUUGUUUUUGUGUGUGUACCACUUUAAAUGAGGUUUCUCGUCUAUUUUGGGGUGCACUGGUGUAUCAGGCUGAUUGCACAGAGCGAAAAGUCUUUAACAGGUGAUUUCUAAAAGCUUGUUUUACAGCAUAUUUAAUCAUAGACGUCGGUCAUUUAUUUAAAGAUACAGUAACAUUGACCCAGAGUGUUGUUCAAUAAGGAGAGUUAACAUUAAUGUGGUGCUAUAAUGAAUUAAAAGUCAAUUGUUUUAUUUUCAGUAUUUUCCCUUGAUAUCUAAAAAUCCAACGUUAAGAGAAAAACCAACAAUGUGACAGAAGAUGCUCAAAGACAUCGAGUCAUAUUUCAUGAACCUUUAUGAGAAAGGCUUUAGUUUUGAGUUAAAGUUACUUUUCGAGGAUGUCACUUUUUGCCAUUUGAAGAGCGACAGGAAAUGUUGGGAGGAGGAGAGAGAGUGGGGGAUGACAUGCAGCAAAGGGCAGAGGACGGAUUUGAACCCAUGGUGGCUGCGACGAGGACUGUAGUCUCUGUACAUGCGGGGUGCAACAUAACCACUAGGCUAUACGACACUCCGUAAAAGUUACUCUUAUGGUCGACAAUAAUCCAUUUGUUUGGGAUUAUCUACAACAGUGGAUUAAUCAACAACACAGUAUGUAUGUGUGUGUGUGUGUGUGUGUGUGUGUGUGUGUGUGUGUGUGUGUGUGUGUGUGUGUGUGUGUGUGUGUGUGUGUGUGUGUGUGUGUGUGUGUGUGUGUGUGUGUGAGUGGUAAUCCUUUGUUUGAUGUUAAUCUCUGUUUCUAUAUGAUCUGAUUUGUUCUUUUUAUGUGAAACUUUUUCACACUGCCGUCUUGACCAGGCCUCUUCCUGAUUUAGUAUCUCAACAGGAAUACUAAAUAUUAAAAUGAGACCAAUGAGGGCGCCGGUAGCCUAGUGGUUGGUGUGCGCGCCCCAUGUACAGAGGCUUUAAUCCUUCCAUCAAGAUACCUGGGUAUGGAUCCAACCUGUGGCUCUUUUCCUGCAUGUCAAUCGCCUCUCUCUCUCUCUCCCCGGUUUUUGACUCUAUCAACUAUCCUGUCUCUAAAUAAAGGCAAAAAGAAAAAAU